ACUGGCCUUUUAUUAUUUUUAAUUUAGCAGUACCCUUUGCGAUUUUUAUUUGCCUUUGCCACCACUAUCCCCACAAUCUCAUUCCAUUCCAUCCUCUCUCAUCUUCCCCUACACUUUUCCCUUUUCCAACCUCUCCCCCUACCCUUUCCACUGAAGAAACAAAAAUACCAAACAUGACUGAAGAAGAGUGGCUUAAAGCAGCAAUCAUGGAUGACACUAUGGUUGCUGAAUUACUGUUACGUCUCAAUCCAUCGACCAAGUCAAAGAAGAAAGGCUUACCGUCGCUUGAAUGGACUGUUCGUCAACGAAGGUCUAGACCAGCUUCUGUUAAUGCUAAGAAACCGGUUACACGUGCUAGUCCGACAACUCCCUUGUCAUGGAGUGGGGCCACAUCAGUUAGUGGUGGUGGUGGUGGUAGUCGAGGUGGUGUUGAUGGUGGCUAUGAAGAGUCUAGUGAACCACCUCCUUUGAAAAGUACAUCAAGUAACACGAGAUCUAAGGUUAACAGUACUAGUGAUGUUGCUACCACCAACAAGAGAUCAAGAAAGAAAAAGACAUUGACUGAGCUGAAAGAAGAGGAGAUCUUGCUAAUUAAAGAAAGAAAGCAAUUGAAGAAGGAAUUAGCUAUAGUACACGCCAGUUUGGAGAAACAGAGGGAUACAAAUCAAAACCUGAAAAGAAUGAAGGUAAAAUGGCUUGAUUUGCACCCUCAGCAGGCAAAUGAAAGAGAUACAAUUGUUGCAUAUGACGGGAGUUCCAGUCAGUUUCAGCAAGUGGCACUACCAAGUAAUCCAGCCAUUCCUAUUGCAGUAUUGCCAUCAUCUCUGGAAGAGAAGCAAGAUGUUGCAACUCUGGAGUCUAAAUUUGUACUCCCAGACCUCAAUAUUCCAUUUGGCGAGGAUUCCAGCGCUGAAAUUCUUUGUGGAGUGAACUGAAUACUAAAGCAUUACACAGGCAUCUUCCAACAAAGAAAGACAAGUAUAAUGAGAAGCAUCUAUAACUAGUAAGGGCUAACCCUGUUAUAGGAUGAAUUAUGGAGUCAGUUGUAACUAAGGACCUUCCUUCACCACUUGCCAAACAGAACUUGCCAAGUGGAUUUUUAGUCAUGAAGGUAGUGAGGGUAGUUAGGAUCGGAUGUCAACCGUAGGUUAGAGAUCCUAACUCAUUAGUUGCAGUAACAUUCUUUUCUGACAGGUUUCUUCAGUGUCCGAUUCUUUGGGGCCAACCCUCAUUCCUUCUUAGUUUCUCUGGAAAUAUCUACAGAUAAAAUGUAACUAUUUUAUAUAGUAGUCCAUCAUAUAUCUUGAAUACCAUUACUCUCUUUGCUCCA